AUGAGAGCACAGAGUUUCACCAUUGUAAUUCAGAUCAUGGCAAACCGCCAGUCAGCUGCUAGAUCAAAAGAAAGAAAGAUGCGCUACAUUGCGGAGCUUGAGAGGAAAGUACAGUGUCUUCAAACAGAAGCAACUACGCUAUCAGCUCAGUUGGCCCUGUUACAGAGAGAUACCAGUGGUUUAACAAAUGAAAAUGGUGAUUUGAAGCUGCAAGUGCAAACAAUGGAGCAGCAGGUCAGGUUGCAAGAUGUGCUGAACGACAGACUGAGGGACGAGGUUCAGCAGCUGAAGAUGGCAACAGGACAGCUUAACGCCAACAAUGGAAACCUGGGGAAUUUCGGCGGUCUGUCCUCGUACGGAGUCAAUUCACAGAGCUACCAGCGAAGCCAGAUGCAACAACAAUCUCUUCUGGCUGCUCAGCAGCUUCAGCAGCUCCAAAUCCACUCUCAGCACCAGCAGCCCCAAAUGCACCUGCAGCAGCAACGCCUUGCCAGUGUCCGGCAGCAGCAACAGCAGCAGCAGCAGCAGUCGCUGCUGCGUCCGGAAGCACUGCCAUUUCCGGGAGACCUCAAGAUGAAGGGAAUUGCCAUGACAGCCCAUGUGCAGAAUGCGGGCCCGUCCCCUUUCGAUGGCCGCGCAAGGAGCGAGCCGUGA